AUCGAAGAGCAAGAAUCAACUUGAACAGCAGGAAGCAGCUGGAAACAACGCAUAAGUUUAUUACAAAGGACAGAUCCAGUUGAGCAUUGUUUGAAGAGAAUGACGAAGCAUCCAUCUGUGAUGUCGUUUCCAGCGAAGUUGCUGAGUUUCAUGUUCUUAUCGGCGAUAUGUUUACCUUCGGUGCUCGGAGGUCGUUCGUUCCUUCAAUCGCUGCCGCCUGUCCCAUCUCUUCCAUCGCUGCCUCCUCUCCCAACUCUUUCCGUUCAUCUUCCUUCGUUGCCGCCUCUUCCAACUCAUCUCCCGACGCUGCCGCCUCUUCCAACUCAUCUCCCGACGCUGCCACCUCUUCCAAGCCUGCCACCUCUGCCCACUCUGCCCACUCAUCUUCCAACGCUACCACCUCUCCCAGCCCAUCUUCCGAGCCUUCCUCCUCUCUCCACUGUUCUCUCUGAUAUCCCAAAGCCUCCUCCGUUCCCCCAUGUUCCUUCCCAUGGCUCAGCGCCAUCUCCUUCUCAUUCGAUUUCCCCUUCUGCUCCUGACUCUAAAGCACCGUCUCCAGCUCAUUCAUCUUGAUUUGAGUCGAGCUUCAGCCGUUCUACUCUUGGCAGGGUCAGACAAUACUAAGACUCAUCGCUCACCUUCCGGCAACUGUCAACCGGUGAUCCUCCCUACCUUCUGAUUUUACAGGAACAAAUUCCACUUGAUAACUUCUCGCAGCCAUCUUGGUCAAUCUCGUCUGCCGUGGAUUGCUCUCUUCGAAUAGGAAGUGUCAGCCGUCUCCAACAAUGAACGUUUCUCUGGAAGGACUCUGGGAAGACAAUACUAUCACUCUGGGAAUUUCAUUCAUGUGCUGAUAUAUUUCCACUUCUGCACGUGUAUAGGCACUACACUUAUCACUGGUCGUUCAAGGCAUCCAGCAUGGAGUGCAUUCGAAGCUGGCUGUACAUCGUGCGAACACCCGUGUCGCAGAAUGUACAUCCUGCGCUUCGCUUACUCUACUUAUGGACCUGAUCCGAGGCAAACCUCACAUAAUCUCCAACAAACACUGCGACAUCAUGUGCCUGCAUAAGUAUAAUAAAUCUAAGGGCGAAGUGAAGCAGCAAACAAUACGGAGAAGAGUACAAAGCGGAGGUUGCCAUUGUUUUUUAGAUCAAAUAAUAAAGACCACAUUGUACUUUGAAAUUUCUAUUGAUUUUC